CCGCCGCCGCGGCAGCAUUCGGUUUCCUGACUCCUUCCGGGCUCCAGCUCGGGGCGGCGCCAGAGGAUCGCGGGAUCUCGUCGGGGGCGAGCGAGGACGCAAGGCUCCUAGCUAGCAUCCGCUCCUGAUCACCCGGAUUAUUUUAUGGGUGAAGAGGCUCCUGAGUUUCGUGUUGAAAGCAUCACCUUGGAGCCCAAGGAUCGCCACCAGAAUGCCGUACAAGUUGGCAAUAAGACAUAUGUAAUUGGCAGAUCAGAUGAGGAGUCCAAGUCACACUUUGACAUUAAAAUUCUGGACAAACUGACUCAGACUUGGGUUGUGCCGACAGUACUUGGGGCUCAGCCUCCAUCUAGGUCGCACUCAGCAAUUCUUGUAAAUGAUGAGAAGAUAUUGGUUGUUGAGAAGGGUGUUUCAUUGAAUGAUUCCAUCUGGUUCCUUGAGAUAGAUACCCCCUUCGUUAAACAACAGCGGAAAAUCAAGGGUUCCGAAGUUGUUUCCUGGAGCAAGGGAGUACUUGGCACUGCACACAAGCCUGUUGUGAUUAGUGGGCCUUCUGGUGUUGGUAAAGGGACAUUAAUAGCAAAAUUGAUGAAAGAGUACCCAUCAAAGUUUGGGUUUUCUGUUAGCCACACUACAAGAUCUCCAAGGGUGAAGGAAAUAGAUGGAGUUCACUACCAUUUUGCCGAACGAAGCAAGAUGGAACAAGAUAUAAGUGAGGGAAAAUUUCUUGAAUUUGCUCACGUUCAUGGAAAUCUCUAUGGCACGAGUAUUGAAGCAGUUGAAUCUGUUACUGAUGAGGGGAAGAGGUGUAUUCUCGAUAUUGAUGUCCAAGGAGCUCGAUCUGUGAGGGCUUCUUCUCUUGAAGCAAUAUUCAUCUUUGUAUGCCCUCCGUCAUUUGAGGAACUAGAGCAGCGCCUUCGCGCACGGGGUACAGAAACAGAGGAGCAAAUUCAGAAACGACUGAAAAAUGCUCGUGCUGAGCUUGAUCAGUCCAACUCUCCAGGUCUUUUUGAUCAUCUUUUGGUAAAUGAUGACCUUGAAACAUGCUACGAGAAUUUGAAGAAGUUGCUUUCCCUGGAUGAUGAACAUGAAGAUUCAGAGGAUUGUUGCAUCAAGGAUGGUGCAGCAACUGCAUGUUAUUCAAUUCUAUCCAAAACAGAGUCAGAAAUUUUGUUGCAAUCUGACAUUGGUGAAUUAGAAAAAGGAUCUGCAAAUUUGCUAGCGCUGGACUUGUCCUCUCUUACAGGAGGCGCUCCAGGACGAACAAGGGGUCUUAAGAUACAGCCAGUUAACCCAAUUGCCAAUGGUUUGAAGGCCAUUAGAUGACCCGAGAUAUUCUUACAAACGAUGUCGCAGAAGCGUCGACUGAUGAUUUUUUCAGUUAGUGAGAUGAAAGCUUCAUAAACAUCUUAGUUAGGGGGAAAAAGGAAACACAAAGUGGGAUUCAUUUCCAUUUGUCAUUUGUUUGCCACCUGAUGCACUUCGUUAGUUCUUUGUACCAGAAUGGGGUGAAAUCAUAAGGGAGAUUGUACCUUAUUGGUGAGGGGUCGUAUACUUCAUUGUGUACCUUAUAUUUUGUUCGUUGAAAAAUAUGAUGAAAGGCGUACCUGAAUCAUGUUUGUCA